UCUCGACUCGUCGGGUAAACAUAUUGACAGAAGAUAUAGGACAGAGAAGACAAAGAAGUGAUUUUGUCGUUUAAAUUAUUCAGCUUAAUCGGCGUAUCGCCGAUUAAUCGUCCAAUUCUUACACGUCGCUAUCGCUCGGUAUUUCUUCGGUAUUUAUAGGUCCUCAUUAAGUUUAUAUAUAACCAACAAACUCUUCGCAUACCAUGAUACAUACCAUCUUCGCAGUCCUCGUCAUAACGAGCGGUUUGAUUAUAGCGGUUGAACCCGAAAUCAUCAUUGAAGACGUUCUCCCGGACUUGCACUUAUGUAGCACCAUUCAUUGGUAUAAGGAAAAAUGCAUAAAAAAUAGCAUCAUAUCAAUGAAGGAGUAUCUGAACAGAGGUGUUCCGGAUUUGAAAAUACAGAAAUUCGAGCCGUAUCAAGCUGAAAAUUUAGAAAUAAUCUUAGUAAAUAACUUUGAAGGCAGUAUGACGUUUAGCAAUACAACAAUGAAGGAUUUAACAAAUUUCUUGGUAGAAAAUGUCGAACUUUCUACCAAUUUGGAUCAAUUUAAAUUUGACAUAUACUUUCCACUAAUUACAAUGGCCAGUACAUACACAAUAGUAGGUAAAACGUUGGAAACUUCCAUGAAAAAAACAUAUCGUAUAAGUGGAGAUUUGAUCGACAUUACAGCCAACAUCACUAUAUAUGGUAACUUCUUUUGGCGCAAAGAAGACGGGGAGAAAUUUUUCAGAGUAAAUCAUGUCUCCACGAAGUUGAACGUCGGAGACAUUAAGAUAGACCUGAAAGACACAAUAAAGGACAAAAUAUUACCGCAAUACAGAAUUUACUAUGCGAAGCACCUUUUGAAAGAAGCAGAACCUGAUAUACUGUACAAAAUCGAGCGUAUAGCUUCCAGUACUAUCUUAGAUAUCGCAAAUAAGAUUUAUUUAACAUUCCCGAUAGGUAAAUUGAUGCCAGUUUUAUGUUAACUAAAAAUAACGUUACACAAGACACGAUUUUAUGCUUUCUGACGUGCAUGCUAACCGCCACGCUGUAGAUAGCUGAGUCCAGUGCGUAAAUGUUCCAAUAUACGGUAACGAUUUAUGCAGCGAAUCGUGCUGCCUACAGCGUGCUAGUCAACAUUGCGUGUCAGAAGAUAUAAAUUCGUGAAUUUUUUACAUGACAUUAGAUUUAGUGUUUCUUAUUGACAAAGAUUUUAUGUACAAAUAUCGUAUGCAAAAUAUUUCUUCCGAUGAAGUUAAGUGAAAAAUUUCUCAUCACUACUGCUCACGAGCUUGCAAACUAAUCGUUUAUCACACAAGUCGAAUGAUAGUACAUGGUGUAAAUAGUAGCUUUUUAUUAGAUUUUUAUAUGAUAGAUAAAAGUAUAAUAAAAAUACUUAUAUUUUUGCUGAAUUCUACGUUGUAGUGAAAACGACGGAUAUCUCUAUAUAGUAUCACUUUGGCUCUUGUUCCAACCGAUUACCAUACGACCUCGUGAGUAGUGGUGCGCAAUCGUGAUAAUUCAAUGCGCUUUUAAUUGAAAAAGAAACAUGUAUAUAAACGGUAUGCAAAAGAGUUUAAAACUUUUUUUCAAUAUGGUUUGGAUAUUUUUCCCAUGCAAUAUGGAAUGCAGCCGAUAAAUCAAUGGGAGAAAUUGUUUUUAAUUAAUUCCCAGAAGUUAUGUUCUCCCAUUAGAGAAUUGACUGUUUUCCUAAGUGCAUUCAGAAAGAAGUGCCCAAAAUAUACAACGAAAUGAAUCGUUCGCGAAACGUAAUUAUGCACGUACUCAAAAAUUCCAGAAGAGACAACAAACAAUAGCAAAUUUUCUUUCCUUGAAGGUAAAGAAAAAAUUCCCUUCAACGUAUUGAUAAUGCUGACAUUUUUAUCAACGCAACAGAAAAAAAAUACAAAAUUAUUUGUACUUUGAAUAAACAUAAUAAAAAAUUAUGCACGUCACAAACAAA